UGCGGGAGUUUGCAUUUAGACGCGGCAUCAAGGUCAUGGGGGUCGGGUUUUAGUGCUUCAACAUAGUAUGGCAUUCAAGAUGAAAGUAAAUCUAUUACUUUUUCAAACGAACAAUGUGCCAGACUCAGGGAUUAAGAGCAUUUUUUGUGACAGCCAACUGUAGCUACAUAGUUAUCAAGGCAACUAGAUUUGCGUAAUAAAAGCUAUUAGUGGUGAAAUUAUAAUACACUGACGGUCUUGAGUUACCCAUCAAGGAUUACGAUAAUUUGUGCUACUACAGACAGAGUAAAUGUCGGCAAAAUUUCUUUUGAAUGCUUGGUAUUAUUGAGAAUACUUGUAAUGCACCAAACGAACAAAUUUUAAUAUUCACCGUAUAAUCGGUACACAAUAAUGUCUCGUUGCAAUCAGUUACAAUAAUGUCACAUGUUGAUGCAUACCCAAGGUUUGCAGGUCGUGCACUGAAGAAUGAUUUGUCAGAUAAACUACUUAGUCCAUCUAAACAGGUUAGGUUCCGCCCGAAUGUAAUCACAAAUUCCUCUGAUCAUCUAGCUGACAAAGUGUCCUGGGAUUUUACUGAAUCUGGCCUCGAUGAAUUAACCAAUGUAACAUCAUCUUUUGGCAAUUCGGACUCCAUUUCCAUAUUGCAAAAUCGUUACCCACCAGAUAAUGCGCCAACACAAAGCCAUUUUGAUUCUAAACAAACAUUUUAUGAUGUAUCUGAGGCGAUGGAAAAUAAUGUCAAUAAAAUGUGUGAUCUUUCUGUAAAUACUGAAUGUCACCUUAAAGGCAGCUGUCAAAGUGUUUCAUUCCUCAAAACUACAGAUCACCUCCCUCAGCAGCCGUUAUCAUCCUGUGGUCCUGUAUAUAGUUCCAAAAACUGUCCUUCAGAUGCGAAAAGUUCAAGUGACCAAGAUCCCAGAGAACUACCCAGCUAUCCUUUUACGCAUUCCGAAAGUCUGUCCUUGUCAAGUUUGACAGAUUUAAGUUGCCUGGAUCCAGAUACAACUUCUUUUUGCGAUCCAGGCGAGGCGACUCUAAAUUUUUCACAACCAGUCUUCAAUACAACGAAAGCCUUAGAACGGGAGAUUAAAUCCCUGUCUAAGAAAGUCAACAGUGCUUCCAAAGAGCAUCCCGCUGACGAAAUACGCUUAGAAGCGGAACGUAUUGUAAAUGAAGCUUGUAAUACUCUUCCCGCUGGAGAUAACUCUAUCAACCCUUUAAUUCUCAAUCCAAGAAUCACUGUUAAUAUACCUGAAAAUGUAUCUAUGUAUGAAAAUCUUAUAGAUUUGACAGUGGAUGAGUCGGAAAUAGUACGUUUGGAGCGUCAACGAAUUGCAGCCCAGCGUAAACGGUUGAUCGAAGCGAAUAGGAAACAAAAUAUCAAAGUUUGAUGUUAUUGGAACGAAAAAUCAGUCACCAAGACCUAUUAUUAAACAGACAAACUACGAAAUCAACGGACAAAUAAAGAUUUUGUAGAUGAAGAUCACAACCGAAAGGAUUAUCCGGAAUAUACGAAAUUUUUGUUUGGUCGUAGAAUGAGAUAGUUAAACAACGAUGAUUACCAACUGCAGAAGUAGUGGAUGUUUUGGAAAGAAAUGUCAACUCCGAACCAUAGGAACGAAUCCCAAUUAAAAACCCGCCACUUAGACUCAAUGUGAUCUCGGACUAACCAUUCUUUAUUUGACUAGCAAUUACAAAACUGUACCUUUUUCAUAAACAUGACUAGUUUUUCCAUUGUUUUAUUUCGUGUUCAUACUAAUGGUCGCUAAUAAACUGUUCCAUUUCACAUUUUCGUAUUAGUUGUACUAAUUCGUGUUUUUGAAACAGGUAUAAUUUG